AUGGUGCACCGAGCGCAGGGGGGUUACACGGGCUACGUGCCGUCCGAGGGCGACGUCGUGGAGAGAGAGCCGGCUAGUAUCAGCGCAGAGCGCAUGUGGCAAGAAUAUAUCCAUCCGCGGCGCCCGUGCAUCCUCAACGGCCUGCUGGACGACGCAGACUGGAAGGGCUCGCGCUGGACAGACUUGGCCUACCUGCGCAAAAAAGCGGGGGGGGCUGUCGUACGCGUCGAGCCCGUCCAUCCGGAGGAAGACUGCUUUGGAACAUCGACCCCACGUACGACUAUGUCGUUUGGCGAGUAUUUGGACAUGAUCCAAGACACAGACGCCGCCGGGAAAUAUUACCUCACUACGCAAUAUGAGCUGGACGAGGAAGACGAGGACGAAGACGAAGACGACUUGGAUGAGGGGCCACCGCUCGAUACGCUGCUUCCUGCACCGACGAAUAAGCUUGCGUCCGACUUUCCUCGCAACCCGCGCGUGCUGGGCAAUUUAGUGCUGCAGCAGUGCAACUUGUGGCUGGGUAACGGCAGGCAGCGCAAGAGCUCUGGAUUACACCACGACUUUCAUGAUAACCUGUACCUUUUGCUUUCGGGGAGAAAACGGUUCGUCUUGUUUCCGCCGUCGGCGAACGAAUACUUGCACCUCCGGGGCAGCGUCCAAAAAGUGCAUGCCAACGGACUACUCGUAUACGAAGAUCCUGGUAGGAUCCGAGCAGAUGGGCUGGACGCAUUGGACGCGGCCCACUGGCGUGUUGCAGCAUGUGCGCGACGGCUCCAUGAGGCGCCCGCACCAAAAAAGUCUAAAAAAGCAAAGGCUUCAGGCCCUCAGCGGGAAUACGACAAUGCCAAGGAAGCGUACUUGGCCCUCCGUGAAUCUUAUGCCAUGGGGGACGACGACGUGGAUUGGGACAAUGCAGACGCUGUCGACUGGGGUGAUGAGGGCGACGUGGAUGGGCUGGCGCUCGACGGUGAAGAGGACGACGAAGAGGACGACGAUGAUGGCGGCGACGAUGACGAAGGAGUCGAGGAAGACAAAGAGGACGACGAGGAAGCCGCAGACAAUACAGAAGCCAAGGACGAUGCAAAGGAGCCGCCCAGCUUCUCCUUAAUCAGGCCUCAUAUCCUUCACAAGUACUUUGGCGUCGAGCCACCGAUUCCUCCGCCCACCGAGGUGGAACACGAUGCGCUCGUUCCUGGCGCAGCAUGCCCCAAGCCUCUUGUGGUCGAUUUACGACCAGGUGAAAUGCUCUACUUACCUGCAUCCUGGUUCCAUGAAGUGACGUCUGCUGCCACGGACGAUGGACCGCAUAUGGCGCUAAACUACUGGAUGCAUCCCCCUGAUGGUGACGCGGUGGAUGCUCCUUAUGCCGACAAAGAUACCUGGGACGAGAUCCGCAGGCGUGUAGCGGAGCACGACUAG